AUGGAUGAGGAAAAGAUGACGAAAAGCGAGGAGGCUCACCUGAGUUUGCAGAAAGCCCUGCAGCAGUGCGAGCUGGUGCAGAACAUGAUCGACAUCAGCAUCUCCAGCCUGGAGGGGCUCAGGACCAAAUGUGCCACAUCCAACGACCUGACACAAAAAGAAAUCCGUACGCUCGAGGGUAAGCUGGUGAAGUACUUUAGCCGGCAGCUCUCCUAUAAACAUAAAGUGCCCUUACAGGAGAGGAACGUGGAGCUGGACGGCUUUCCUCGUCUCACACACUGGCUGCGCAUCGUCAACAUGAGGAAGGAGGUCACAGAGGAGAUCACUCCAAGAGAACUGACUCUUGAGUCGCUCUUAGACAUGUCAGAUGAAGAGGUGUGUGAGACGCUGCAGAAGUUUGGAGCGAGUGAGGAUGAGUGUGCUCGCUUGAACGCCUCCCUCACCUGCCUACGCUCCGCCCACAAAUCAGAACAACUUGAGGAUGACAAAUUGCACAGUAAUGGAGGACUCGGCAGCACUCAGCCGAAGCAGGACUGGUCCAUCCAGUGGCCAAUGUCCGAGUCGGGGAAAGAGAACACACCAGCCGGGCCCCUGACCCCGGGACAGUGGGUGCGACUGCAGCUCUCGCAGAGCCCGAAGCCUCAGUCACGCUACACCACUCUGUGUCACAGCCCUCAGGCCCUGGCGCCUCCUGCCUUCUGCCCGCAGCCUGAGAGGCUGUGUGUGGACGUCUACCCGGGCCUGACCCCACUGGGUAUGCUGGACGUAGGGCACCGCUCUCUACCCCCAUCUCCCAGGCAGAGGCACUUCCCUCACACUCCCCCACGCACCCCACUGGUGGUGAACACCAUGACGCCACCAGGCACACCGCCGCUACGCCGCCGAAACAAGGUGAAGGCCCCGGGAACGCCACCACCUGCCAACCGCAAACUCAUCCACCUGCUGCCUGGCUUCAGUGCCCUGCACCGCAGCAAAUCUCACGAGUUCCAGCUGGGGAACCGCGUCGACGACGCACACACACCCAGAGCCAAGAAGAAGGCCAAGCCCCUGAACCUGAAGAUCAAUAGCAGCGUAGCAGGGAGCUGCGAGAACCUGCCGACUCAGCGAUCUCCUCUCCACUCGGAUCACUCGCUCCGCUCAUUUUUCUUCCCGAGCCUCGUGCCCUCCACGCCACCCGUGCAUGCAGAGACGCCUUCUGCCAACACCCUGUCAGUUCCUCGCUGGUCCCCUCAGAUCCCUCGCAGAGAUUUGGGCAACUCUAUUAAACACAGAUUUUCCACCAAAUACUGGAUGUCACAGACUUGUAUCGUUUGUGGGAAAGGAAUGUUAUUUGGCUUGAAGUGUAAAACCUGCAAGUUGAAGUGCCACAAUAAAUGUACCAAAGAAGCACCUCCUUGCCAUUUGCUUAUUUACCAUCGAGGAGGUAGGGACUCGUUCAAAGAUCAAGGAACAUCUCAAGCUCGGCAGCUUGUCAGGACCGAGUCGGUGCCAUGUGACAUAAACAACCCCCUCAGGUACACAGACCUGCACAUCAGCCAGACGCUGCCCAAAACCAACAAAAUCAACAAGGACCACAUCCCUGUGCCGUACCAGCCUGACUCCAGCAGUAACCCCUCAUCCACCACGUCCUCGACCCCAUCGUCCCCAGCUCCGCCUCUUCCUCCCAGUGCAACUCCUCCCUCUCCACUUCACCCAUCCCCUCAGAGCGCCAGACAGACCAAACAGCCCAACCUAACAGCAUCUCAUUACUACAAAUACAAGCAGCAGUUCAUCUUCCCUGAUGUGACCCCAGAGGUUCCUAACAGAGCUCCUCAGGUUAUCCUCCAUCCUGUGCUGUCAGAGCCUGGGAACAAAGGCAACCCUCUGCUGCAGAUUGAGGUUGAACCGACUUCAGAUAACGAAGAUGGGAACCAUGAAGCAGAGGACUCAGCUGACGAGUUUGAGGAGAUGAACCUGUCGUUGCUGUCAGCGCGUAACUUCCCACGCAAGGCGAGCCAGACAAGCAUCUUCCUGCAGGAAUGGGACAUCCCGCUGGAGCAGCUGGAGAUCGGCGAGCUGAUCGGGAAGGGCCGCUUCGGGCAGGUCUACCACGGCCGCUGGCACGGUGAGGUGGCCAUCCGCCUCAUCGACAUCGAGAGAGACAAUGAGGAUCAGCUCAAAGCCUUCAAGCGGGAGGUGAUGGCGUACAGGAACACACGCCAUGAGAAUGUAGUGCUCUUCAUGGGAGCAUGCAUGAGCCCACCGCACCUGGCCAUCAUCACCAGUCUGUGUAAAGGGAGGACUCUCUACACCGUUAUAAGAGACGCGAAAGUCAUCCUGGACGUCAACAAGACCAGACAAAUCGCACAGGAGAUGGUUAAGGGCAUGGGCUAUCUGCAUGCCAAAGGCAUUCUUCACAAGGACAUCAAGUCGAAGAACGUCUUCUAUGACAACGGGAAAGUGGUCAUUACUGAUUUUGGACUCUUCACCAUAUCUGGUGUUUUACAAGCAGGCAGUCGGAGAGAGGAUAAGCUGCGGAUCCCGAGCGGCUGGCUCUGCCAUCUUGCUCCCGAGAUCGUCUGUCAGCUCUCUCCGGAGACAGCCGAAGAUCAGCUCCCCUUUUCCAAACAGUCGGACGUCUUUGCCUUCGGGACGAUCUGGUACGAGCUGCAUGCACGGGAGUGGCCUUUUAAGAACCAGCCGGCUGAGGUGAUCAUAUGGCAGGUGGGCAGUGGCAUGAGACCCAACCUCACUCAGAUCGGCAUUGGCAAAGAGAUAUCGGACAUCCUGCUGUUCUGCUGGGCUCACGAGUCCGAGGAGAGACCUAGCUUCUCCAAACUGAUGGAGCUGCUCGAGAAACUGCCCAAGCGCAACCGCCGCCUCUCGCACCCCGGACACUUCUGGAAAUCAGCUGAGUAUGUAAAAUGA